AUGGGCCUCGCGCACACGCUCGAGCUGCUGCACGCGCUGCUGCAGCUGUACGCCACGCGCUUCCGCGGCGCGCCAUCGUGCGUCUCGUGCCCCGCUCUCCCCUACCCGCACCUGCAGCAGCGGUUGCAGCAGACGCUGCGGGCUGUCGCGCUCACGUCGUUCAGCGCUGUAUUUCUCCCUCUGCUGCUCCUGUGCCUCGCGCCAGUGCUCUCGCCGCUGGACUGUCUGUCGUUUCUUGCGUUUCUGCUGGUCGUAGCACUGCUCUGGACACUGAACGUCGCGCAGCUCACGCUCCGGUACGCGCUCGUGCCCCAUCCGCGUCGCGCAGAAGCGACCGGACCCGAGCGACGUGCGCGCAGAGGGCUCCAAGCAGCUGUACGUGCGCUCGUGGACGUCGUCACGCGCGUGCAGACGCAGCCGCAGCUGUCGCUGCUAUUUGUGCUGUGUGUCGGCCACUCGUACCUCUGGCAGCUGGUGCUGUACUACGGUAUGGCCUCCAGUGCGCUGAGUGACGCGGCGGUUGGCCCGUUUGCUGUCGCGGGCGGUCUCGUGUCGUUUGUGGCGUACGUCGUAAUGGACGAGCGACUGAGCGACGAUCCGUUCGUGUUGGAUCCACGAGCUGCUUUUGGAAAGAUGUUGCAGCGAGACGUCGUGCGGGCGGCACGUCGCGGAGUGGUCACGUACGUUGUGGGACGCGUGUUGAGCUGGCUCUGGUGUUGCAGCACGGACGUGGCUGUCGAGACGGUGGAAGGUGGGUUUCUGUCCCUCGGUGCGUCCAGAGUGGCGUUUCAGAUCACGAGCAGUGUGCUGGAAAAUGGUGCGAUCUUGAGUGCGGCUUCCGUGUCCCGUAUACUGCUCUUCCGCGCGAGCUAUCAGGUUCUUGGCAGUGCGUUUGACGGCGCGAACAACUUGUGGGAGUCACUUGUCGAUGCAAAGCCGAACGAAGGGGAUGUGGCAGGUGCUCUUUUCGCCACUGAGGUUGCUGUAGUGCCGCAGACAAGUGUUCCGCUGAAUGAACAGUAUUUGCGAGGGUUACAGAAACGCAAGGAUGCAGCUUUGCAGCGCAUCUUGGACAAGAAGGCACCUGUUGCCCCUGCGGAUGCGGAAGACGUGAAUACUCUGGACAGUCUGUUCAAGUUUGAGAACUUGCUUACCGGAUGCAAGUUUGCUACGGCCGCGCGAGCGUCGUUGUUUGCCUCUCGAGAGCGAUGGAAUGCAUUGUUCAGCUCGACCACUGCGGCCGUCGAUGGGUUCACGCUGAUGUUGCACCUGCUGAAUUCGCUGCAGGAUAGGAAAAGCUCUGCAGACGAUACCAGCGCGUUGGCUCUUGAGCGGUCGUUUGCUUCCCUCCUGCGUUUCUUGAGCUCGCAGCAGAACGCGCAUCCGUUGAUUCUUCUGCACCAGUACCCGCACCUCGCAAACCUUCGCAUCUCGUCUGCUAGUGUAAAUUCGCCAGUCCGGUUUUUCGUCGAGUCCAAACUGCAGUUUGCGGUCCGUCGUUUCCUCAUUGAAGAAGCUCGUCGGCGCGUGUUCCAGCGUGUCAAAGUUGUACGUGUAGCGGAAUGUCUUCUGUGUCAUCUUGUCAGCGUGUCGCGUGCAGAAGACAAGCAGGGAUAUGUGCAGCAUACCAUACCGGCCGUCGUUUCGUCGCUUCUCGAGUGCCGCAAAGCGUUAGAUGCUUACAUGGAGACGUGUUUGAAAGAGAGCAGUACGAACGAUAGAUACGUACAAGAAACCACGGCCCUAGCCAAAGGUAUCGACAGUGGCCUUUAUCGCAUCACGGAGGUGUUCCAGAGCGAGCUGUCCAUGUUUGCGUUUCCUCCAGAUGUCAAAACAGCGCUGCUUGCGUACGCGAGCUUCGACGUUUAG